CCUUUCCCUUAACACGAUGUCCAAAAGAUUCAUUCGUUUUGUAGCUUGUGUCAGAAUUUUCUUUCUUUGGAUGGCAGAAGAAGAUCCCGUACUACCUAUGUGCCACAUCUUGUUUAUCCAGUCAUCUAGCUGAUGGACUUCGAGGUUGCUUCCACCGUUUGGCCUUUGCAAAUAAUGCCACCAUGAAUAUGGAACACAGAUAUGUCUUUGGACCUGCUGCUGGAGAAGAUGGUGGACCACUUGGCGAACACAGAGAUCAAUAGCCAGCGGAUCGCGGCAGUGGAGAGCUGCUUCGGGGCAUCAGGGCAGCCGCUGGCCCUGCCAGGUCGGGUGCUGCUGGGCGAGGGUGUGCUGACCAAGGAGUGCCGGAAGAAGGCCAAGCCGCGCAUCUUCUUCCUCUUCAACGACAUCCUGGUGUACGGCAGCAUCGUGCUCAACAAGCGCAAGUACCGCAGCCAGCACAUCAUCCCGCUGGAGGAGGUCACGCUGGAGCUGCUGCCCGAGACCCUGCAGGCCAAGAACCGCUGGAUGAUCAAGACAGCCAAGAAGUCCUUCGUGGUGUCGGCUGCGUCCACCACGGAGCGCCAGGAGUGGAUCAGCCACAUUGAGGAGUGUGUGCGGCGGCAACUGCUGGCCACGGGCCGCCCGCCCAUCACGGAGCAUGCGGCGCCCUGGAUCCCCGACAAGGCCACAGACAUCUGCAUGCGCUGCACACACACCCGCUUCUCCGCCCUCACCCGGCGCCACCACUGCCGCAAGUGUGGCUUCGUGGUCUGCGCUGAGUGUUCCCGCGAGCGCUUCCUGCUGCCGCGCCUCUCGCCCAAGCCCUUGCGUGUCUGCAGCCUCUGCUACCGAGAACUGGCUGCCCAGAAGCGGAAGGAGGAGGCGGAAGAGCAAGGCAGGGGGUCCCCUGGACAGCUGCCCCACCUGACUGGGGCAGUCUGUGGAGCUUCCAGUGGAGAUGAUGAUGACUCGGACGAGGAUAAGGAGGGCUAUGGGGAUGGUGACUGGCCCAGCCACGUGGAGUUCUAUGCCUCGGGCGUCUCCUGGUCUGCCUUCCACAGAUGACCCUAGUCCUACAGAGCUUCUGUGUCCAAACCAGCUCCACUGCCCAGGUUCCCCAGAGGGAGAGCAGAGUCUGAAGGUGCCUGGUACCCCUGGGGCCCCACCCCACAGUGUGGGCACAGUGGUGGAGGGUGAGCUCUCCCUCUAGGUUCCUAUGCCUUCUUGCUGGAAACCUAGUUCCACUUCAGGUAAUAGUGUUUCCAUUUAGCAAGCUCCUAAACACUUAGGGCUCUUGGGAACAAAUGCCAUUUCCUAGUCCUACAGGCUGCAGCUGCAGCUCCUGACAACCUCUUGAAUGACAUGACCCCAUGUGCCUUAAGAACAUAGAAGGAGACAGGAUGGAGGUGAGGAUCCACUCCUCUCUGAGGCCUUGAGCCACAGAAACCACCCCAUCAGGAAUAAGCAUACCUGUGAGCCCUGGGAGGCCUCCAGGAAACAAGAUCUGCUCACCCAACACCUGGUGCCACUGCCUGGCCACUGGGCCUUGCCAGUCCACGCAUAUGGGCUCACUUAAGCCAGGCAAAAGACACCCACCACACCCCAGGGCCUGCAGCCCAGGACAGCCUGAUGAGGUCUCUGCCCUGUCUCUCCUCUCUCCAGGUGUCCGGUGUCUGCCUCUUUUUGUCCUGUCCUCAUCUCUGUCUGUGGCCAGGAAAAGCACAUUUUUCAUUAGAACUCUUAGAUGCAGGGACAGAAAGCCUACCCAGGCUGACGUCAUAAUAAAGGUUGGUUGAUUUGCGUGAUUGCAAA